AUGUUGCGCGAGUUGUUAAAUAAAUUUUGGGAUGAAGAUGUUUGGCUACCUCCGAACACCACUUGGGAAGAUAUUACUCCUGGUCCUGACAAAGCAGUGGUUUACGCUGACUACAGGCACCUCUUAUUUCCAAUACCAUUAGCCUUCGUGCUUAUUGCUUUACGGCAUGUGUUAGAAAAAUACUGGUUUGCACCUUUUGGAAAAUCAUUAGGAAUUAAGAACACAAGACCGAAAAAAGCUCCCAGCAAUCCAAAAUUAGAAGCAGCCUAUUUAGAGAGCCCCAAAAUUAAACAUAAGCAGUUGUUUUUGAGCAAGGAAGAGAUAUGUGCUCUAGCGAAGAAACUGGAUAUGUCCGAGCGCCAAGUGGAGCGAUGGUGGAGGCUCAGAAGAAGUCAGGAAAAACCGUCCACACUCGUCAAGUUUUGCGAAAACGCCUGGCGAUGUACCUUUUACCUGUAUAGCUUCUCGUAUGGGAUGUUCAUAUUAUGGGAUAAAGAAUGGCUCUGGGAUAUAGAUCAGUGUUAUCUUGGAUAUCCUCAUCAGGGGCUGACGAGUGAUAUCUGGUGGUACUACAUGAUCAGCGCGGCGUUCUACUGGUCGCUGACGCUGUCGCAGUUCUGGGACGUGCGACGCAAGGACUUCUGGCAGAUGUUCGUGCACCACCUCGCCACCAUCGCGCUGCUCUCCUUCAGCUGGGUCUGCAACCUGCACCGCAUCGGCACCCUCGUGCUCUUAGUGCACGACUGUGCUGAUAUAUUUUUAGAGGCUGCGAAGGCGGCGAAGUACGCGAACUAUCAAAAACUAUGUGACGCCAUUUUCACAGUUUUCACAGUACUAUGGAUUGUUACGAGAUUAGGAAUAUAUCCUUUCUAUAUUAUUUGGAGCACAUCAAUCCGGGCGCCCAUGUUGUUGCCAAUGUUCGCCGCGUACUACUUCUUCAACUCGCUGCUCUGCCUACUGCUGGGGCUGCACAUGGUGUGGACCUGGCUUAUACUGCAGGUGGCGUAUAAAGCCAUCAAUGCCGGGAAGAUGGAAGGUGAUAUUAGAAGUUCUAGCUCAGAAGUGAGCGACAGCUCGCACCACUCCAACCACAGCACACCAAACAGACUCAUUAAUAAAAAAGACACA